AAUAUAACUAUAUUCAAGCCCAAAAUUUAUUCAAGCCUUAGCCCACACGCUGCCACAAAUUAGGGUUUGCCCACUUACGGCGCAGAAGCGAGAAAGCGAGGAAGCGAGCGGCGCCGGCGGGGGCGGCGUGGAGGCGCGGUUAGGGUAACAGGAAGAAUGGGAUAGAAAUUAGAAGAAAAGAAGUGGAAGAUAUUGCUUGAGCUGAAUCUAUAUAGCUGACCUAAGGCUGUAAAGUUGUACUGAGUUCUAUGCUGUAUUUUUGUCUACUUCUUUAUUAAGAUUCAUGGAUAGCAGAGAGCAUAUUGAGAAGUUCAAGAAGUAUGAGGCUGAAUUUAAACAAUAUUUGAUGUCAAAAUACUUCUCAGACAAGACUAUAUUUGGAGGCAAUAUAUUCGAUGUGAAGAUGAAUAUAGAUGGACAAACUAUUACUGCUAGCAGGUUGCCACCAUACCAAUCCUAUCUAGAUCCAGCGACUUUCGAUGAAAUGAUAAGCAAAGGGUCAAGUUCUUCAGCAGAAACCCCAUCAACUAGUACUUCAAAUGGGAAGCCCUCUAUCUAAGGUUACUUACAUCUAACUUCUUGUACCAUAUGGUUGAGUUCACCUGAAUAUUGUGUUUAUUGGGGAGUUCAUAAUAGCCAUGACCACAUUUUCUUUUGAAGUUUCUGAAUUUUCUUGUCAUAAAUAUCAAUAUAUGUGAAUCACAAUGUUGUUCUGGUUGCUCUUGUGAAGCUUCUUUUUUUAAAGCACAGUUUUGUGAAGUUGUUUUCAUGUAUGUGAGAUGCAUGAGUUUCUAUCUUUGCAACUAACUAAUUACUUGUUCUAAAUUUUAAUGGUCUUUCCACCUUUUCACAGACAAGGGAAUGGAAAGGAGGGAUACUGCACAUGGCUUGUAUGGAUGUUAGACUAAGAUGAAACAUGAUUUUGUAAUGGAGGAAUAUGAUGUCUUUUCCUAGGUGCUUUUAUUUGUCAAAUACAUAUACAUAUUUCUUCUGUAAUUGUUAUUGAGAUGCCUUGUUUAUGUAAUAAAUUGGCUCAUCGAAGCAUAACAUAUUCGGACUCGUCCAAA